AACAUGAACGCCAUCGACAGAUGCUGGAGAUCCAACCCAUAUUGGAGGAGAAACAGGCAACAGCUAGGUGUUUGUUCGGUGGGUUUUGUGGGGAAAAUGACCAACAACAUCGGAAGAAACCUCAUACGCUACCAAGUCACUGACCCAAGUGACGAUCCCAUAAACCCUCGCCCGGGUACCCUUAGAUAUGGCGCCUCUGUCAUCAGAGGCAAGGUGUGGAUCACAUUUCGGAGGGACAUGCGUAUCACGCUUCACAAACCGCUCAUGAUUAGUAGCUUCACUGCCAUCGAUGGCCGAGGUGCGACCGUCCAUAUUGCAGGGAAUGCGUGCCUGAUGGUGCUUAGGGCCAGCAAUAUUAUAAUCCACGGGCUUAUUAUCCACCACUGCAGGGCCCAGGCCGCAGCCCAAGUGAUGGGCCCAAAUUCCAAGAUCAUUUCCUUAGGACACGUGGAUGGAGAUGCCAUUAGAUUAGUUACGGCCUCGAAGGUUUGGAUCGACCACAACACGCUGUACCGAUGCGAGGACGGAUUGCUGGAUGUGACCAGAGGGUCCACCGACAUUACGAUUUCGAACAAUUGGUUUAGAGAUCAGGACAAGGUUAUACUUCUGGGACAUGACGAUGGUUACGUUAGAGAUCGGAGGAUGAAAGUGACGGUGGUGUACAACCAUUUUGGACCCAACUGCAACCAGAGGAUGCCAAGGAUUCGAUAUGGGUAUGCACACGUGGCAAACAAUAUGUACCAAGGGUGGACGCAAUACGCGAUAGGAGGGAGCAUGAAUCCAAGCGUGAAGAGUGAAGCCAACCUUUUCAUCGCAUCAAAAUCGAAAGAGAAAAUAUUGAAUUGGCGGUUGCAGGUGGUAUGGAGUACAGGAAACGUGGAGGAGACAAAGUGGAAUUUUCAUUCAGUGAGAGACGUUUUUGAGAAUGGGGCUUCGUUUGCACAAAUUGGCGUUGGCCGAGGAGUGGUAACGCCAAACUACAACGCGCAGCAACGGUUUCAAGUGGCAGACGCCAAGUGGGUGAGGUCGUUGACCACAUCCUCAGGGGCUUUGCGUUGCGCACGAAACUCAAGGUGUUAA